AUGGAGGAAACAGGGCGUGGAGGAGAUCCGUUUCCUGGUUUUGAGAUGAGUUUUCACAAAGACGAUUGCAUUUUCCAGCGAUCUCUUAGCUGUAGGCUUCAGAGACAAGCCCCUUGUCCUCUCCUCUUACCACCAAGACCUCCUCCUUCCGCGGUGGCUCCUCCUCCGACCAGCGUGUCCGCGUCUGAGUUUUGUCGGAACGGCACAGAUCCGAUCCCUCUCUUGUCCCCUCUCGUCCUUCCUUCAAUGCUUCAACCAAAUCCCGCAACCACCUCUCACUGA